UGGCUCCAUUGGUGAAACUUAUUAUGAUGUACUGUCUUUGAGAGAAGAUGCUAGCCAUGACGAAAUUCGAGCUAGCUACCGGUCUGCCCUCCUUAAUUUCCACCCUGAUAAGUUACAAGCUAUGUGCCAGAAAUCUCAUCCAGACGACGUUGUGGGAGAACGAUACUUCAAAGUGCAGAAGGCUUGGGAAGUCCUCGGCAGCUCGAUGUCUCGUGCAGCUUAUGACAGAGAGCUCCAAGCUGCCAAAGGGGAUGCAAUGGGUGCAGAGAGCAUAGGCUUAGAGGAUAUGGCUGUGGAAGAUAAAGGUGAGAUUGUAGAACUCUUUUAUCAGUGUCGCUGUGGUGAUUACUUCUUUAUUGAUUCUGGGGAGUUGGAGGAAAUGGGAUAUCCAAUGUUGAGGAUUGGGAGUAAGGUUUCCUUAAGGACGUUCGAUGCGUUGCCUGCAUCUAUUGUUUUGCCGUGUGGUUCGUGUUCUUUGAAGGUUCGUUUGUUAAUCGAUUCGGAUUCGUGUGCUUCAAUUGAUUGUUGAGUUUGAAUGAUUGAAAUCAUAUUGCUUUGUUUUAAGCUC